CGCGCUGCGUGAACGACAGAACCCAGUGUUGAGAAUUUACGUUUUGCAAGAGGAUGACGGUGUUGGCGCUGUCCCUCGUUAUCCUGACCUCGGUCGCGUCCGCAGCGAAAGCCCAGACAUCGACUCAUCAUGAGGCUCUCCGUGGUCAUCAGAUAUGGCAGCUCCCCGGCGACGUAGGCCCCGUGGCCCUGGAGCUCCUGCAGAAGGGUUUGCUCGACGUCCUGGCUCGUUCUGGGACCUCCAGGAAAGUCCGCGUCCCCCCCCAGUUCCUUGAGGAAGCUCGGAGGAUCCUGCAGGAGAGAGGCGUUGCUCACGAGAUCCUGACUGAAGACCUGGCCACGUUCUUAGAGAACCAUGAGCGUCAAACCAAAAGGUCAACGAACUCGGAAUCCUGCGAUCCGAACGCGUGCCCGAGGCCCUUCAGGGACAACUAUAUGACCUUCGAACAAAUGGAAUGGUUCCUCAAGCAACUGUGCGAGCGCAGCCCCCGCGCCUCCCUCGCCUCCAUCGGGAAGACGAACGAGAACAGAGACAUCUGGAUGGUCCGCCUCCGCCUCGAGGACCCCGAGGAGGACUCCGAGGAGGACGCCGAGGCAGCCAGCGCCGUCUGGAUCGAGGCAGGUAUACACGCGCGAGAGUGGAUUUCUUCGGCAGUGGCUUUGCACCUCCUGGAGACGCUGCUGCGGGAUGGCGGCGACGUCGGCAACUUCGAUGUGCAUGUGGUCCCGAUGGCCAAUCCCGACGGCUAUGAGUACAGUCGCAUGCACAACCGGUUAUGGCGUAAGAACCGACGCACAACGUCCAAGGCCGACUGCGCAGGCGUCGACCUGAACCGCAACUGGAGCUUCCAAUACGGCGCGGGCGCUUCAGAAAACGAAUGCAGUGAGGUUUUCAUGGGCACCGAGCCCUUCUCCGAGCCAGAGACAAAGGCCCUUCGAGAUGCCAUGACGAGAGUGAAGGACCAGCUAAAGUUGGUCCUGUGCCUCCACAGCUACGGCCAGCAGCUGCUCUACCCGUGGGGCUACUCCACGAUGGACGUAGCACCGCACACCGACGAUUUAGUGAGGGAAGGCAAAGUAUUCGCGGAAGCUGCCCAAUACUCGGACAACACAUCCUACGCCGUGGUAAAUGCCGCAUCGGGCCUGUACGUCGCCUCAGGCACCACCUCAGACUGGUCUUUGGGAGCCCUGGGAGUCAAGUACUCGUACACACUUGAACUUAGAGACGAAGGAGAACAAGGGUUCCUCCUUGAUCCGAGUAAUAUUGUUCCUUGCACCGAGGAGGUGCGGGCAGGUCUUCAGGCCCUCUUGAAGAAGAUUAUUUAGACACUGCAAAGGCCUUUUCUCCUGUCCCCUUUUCUCAUUUCUAAACAGUAGCUCUUUUUUCUUUCCUUCCUUCUCUGUCUUUGCCGAGAAAUCCAGAAAUUCCAUGCUGCCAGGGUCGCCGAGAAGGUAAUUGAAUGAUAAGUGAUAAGCUCUUUGCACGUCCACCUGUUACCCCGUGAAGGUAAUGGGCACUGGCGGACACAUUCAAAGGAGGAUAGAUUCGUGGUCUCUCUUCAAUUACUUCUACUGUAGAAUAAUAACUAUAAGGUCUUAUAGACGUGCAGAUUCAGCCUAAACAAGAGUGGAGCUAAAUGAUAACACGUUGGAGCGCCUCACUAAGAUCCAGCCAUUUAAGUGUUCCUGAUGAAACCCUUUGUGGGAAUUCCUUUCUUAACGAGAUAUUCUUCGUGCCCAUGUCGUAUACACAGCAGGUAAUUCUAUAAAUCGCCGCCAUGGUGGAUGUGUCGUAUCAAACCUUCACCGACACAGUAAUAGACAAACGAAUGUAAUGUAAUGAAUAUUGAUAAGAAUAGAUUUAUCAUUAUUACA